AGUGUAAUAGUGGUGUGCAUUGAAAGGUGUGUUUGCGAUGAGAGUAAUAGUGUUGUCGUGAAUACGAGUUCGGGUGGAGUGAGGGGACAGACACUGAAUGUUGUGAAUCACAAAAUCAAUCAAUUCUUGAAUAUACCUUAUGCUGAGCCCCCGGUGGGCCCACGAAGGUUCAGUCCACCACAACCCCUCAAAACACCUAAACAGGAUAUGAUUGAUGGCACAAAAAUCGGUAAUUAUUGCAUUCAAAAUACAAAAAUGUUUGGACCGAUGAGUGAAAUAAAGACGAGUGAAGACUGUUUAGCUCUCAAUAUAUGGACACCAUUUGUGAACAAUAAUAAUAAGCAAACAAAACAAGAGUUAAAACCUGUUAUGUUUUAUAUCCACGGGGGAGCACUUAGUGUUGGAUCAAGUUAUCAAGAUGUUAUUAAUGGAAGUGUUUUGGCCACCAAUGAUGUGAUCAUUGUUUCCGUUAACUAUAGACUCGGACCCUUAGGUUUCCUAUACGGUGGCGAUGAUACCAGUCCUGGAAAUGUGGGUUUAUAUGACCAGUUGUUAGGACUUAAAUGGGUUCGAGAAAAUAUACAUUUGUUUGGUGGAGAUAAGGAUGAAAUUACUAUAAUUGGUUUUAGCGCCGGUAGUUGGUCCGUAUCGGCACAUGUAUUGUCGCCGUUAUCUAAGGGUCUGUUUAAGAGGGCUAUUAUGGAGAGCGGAUCCGUUUUGUAUAAUAAGGACAGACCGGCGCUCAGUACUGUUGAGGGCCUCCAAAAGGCUAAGAAUUUGGCGAAAAGUCUUAAUUGUGAUGAAUAUGACUACAAAUGGUUGGACUGUUUGCGAGCCAUUGAUGACCCAAACCUUUUCAUAGAAUAUCCCAAAAAUGGAAAUAUGAUUGAAUUCACUCACGCCGUGUUUGGCACUCAAUUUCUACCCGUAUUACCACAAAAAGCAUUUAAUACAGGCCUAUUUAAUUUUGAAAUUGAAUUAAUGGUUGGAGUGACUAAAGAUGAGGGACCAAUGUUAGCAAUGGCUCUUUUCCCCGAAAUGAGAGCACCGGGACUAACAGUCGAGACAUUCAAAAAUGUUGUGAAUAGACUGAACGAUGAAUACCGUAAUAUAGAUGUGGAGGAAGUGUCCGAUUAUUAUCUCAAAAGUAUUGACACAACAAAUGAGUCCCAAUUGAAGGGAGCGUUGAGUGCACUCUAUGGGGAUUUGGUGUUCACGUGUGCGACCUAUCACUUCGCCAAACAANACCGUAAUAUAGAUGUGGAGGAAGUGUCCGAUUAUUAUCUCAAAAGUAUUGACACAACAAAUGAGUCCCAAUUGAAGGGAGCGUUGAGUGCACUCUAUGGGGAUUUGGUGUUCACGUGUGCGACCUAUCACUUCGCCAAACAAUUUGCCAAAAGUGGACAAAAUGUCUAUUUUUAUAGAUUUAAUCAGCAGAGUCAUUUCUAUGCAAACUUGCGAAUAACUGUAUGUUCAGGUGAUACCAUAUGUCACGGCGCAGACCUCCCUUAUGUGUUUGGGUCACCACUUGUUUCCCAAAAGAUGUUCACAGAAACUGAUUAUGAUUUCAGUAUUGAGAUUAUGAAGAUGUUAACUGAUUUUGCCAAAAAU